GUAUACUGAAUUAUGACAAAAUUAAACGAAUUAUAUGCAGUAAACGCAGUGUUUGGAAAGUCGCCCAUAACCUGUUUCCUCGUGGUCAUUUGUGAAGUACAUAAAAUGAAUUUUAUCAAUACUAUAUCUUGCCUCAGCCCGAAAAAAAAACCGUACCUUGAUGUGGUGACGGGUUAUAUAUCUUUACUCAGGUAACGUUCGCCUUAGAAGCAGGCCACGAUUAUUUUUUUUUUAUUUUAAAUUAAGUAGCGGCAAUUGGUGAUUUAACUUGGCCAGGUACAGACUACCUGUGAAUUAUUCCGGAUUCUGGCGGCUUCUGAUGACACCUGGAACACCGAUUAUCUGCCUAAUCGUAGACUUUUGUGGAAAAUAGUGUAAAGACAAUGGGGCAGUGAUAUUAAUUCAGUUAUUCUUGGAAAUAAUACAGAGUUUUGAACGAUGUCUGGAAUCGAUAGUACAUUAUUAUUGACGGUGCCUUUGAUCGUGGGGAUUCUUCUGGCCCUGGAGUGCGAGUGUUCCUCCUACCCCGGGGUCUCAGUAUUCCUGAGCCACAGGGACAGGAAAAUGAACGUGCAGUACUUUAACGACCUACGGAGAGACGUCAGGGCGGCUGAUAUGAAUGAAUUAAGAUGGGACUUGACGAUGGCCAAAGAGUCUCGCAGACUAGGGCGAUCCUGUGAUUUUGACGGUGGACCAGACAGUCGAUACUCUAGUGCUCUCUAUAAACAGCUAUUUGAUCCAACAGCUCGGCCAGGGGAAAUUAUUAUGAAUGCUAUCCGAUUUUGGGCCACACAGAAAUCCAACAUUACCAGAUUUGGCUGGCAGUCUUGUGAAGCAAGAAACACCUGUGAAUAUAUUAAGAUGGUCACUGCAUCUUUAAACAAUGCUGCAUGUUCCCUUACACGUUGUUCAAGCAUGCGCAAUCAGCGACAGGAUGAGGAAGCAAAUAUGUAUUUUGUUGUUUGUUUAUUUUCGCCGACAACAGUGACAAGUCGUCCGCCAUAUUCGCGAGGCCGGAAGUGCUCCAGGUGUCCGCUAUAUUCAAAGUGUCGCCGCGGACUUUGCUCGGCAAAUGGAAGACGAGUUUUGAAUACAAAAAGACCUUCUUCAAGAGACUGGAAUAAAAUCAUAAAACCUACCGGAUAUGACAAAUCAUCACACACCAAGGGGAGAGUACUCCAGGGAUAUAGGUAUCUAGACAGCAAAGGCAACAUCCGGAUCCGUCCGACGCCCAGGUAUCUGGCCCAGAAGGGAAGGAGUCCGAGCUACAUACGACGACCGACAUCUCACAGACAACAACAGUAUAACACGAGAACUGGUCAACAGAGGGCGGCGCCUACAGUAUCCAGAGGGCGCUCAUCGCAAGCCGCACGAGUAAAACGGCAGACCAGGAGAGAUGAUUAUCGAUAUCAACUGUUGCUGAGGAGAAGGGAGGAACAGCGCAGGCGCGAAGAGGAAAGAGACAGACGGGAACGAGAGCACAGGCGCAACCAGAUAGCACAACAACUCAGAGAGCGAGCUGCAGCUAUCCGAAAGAAUGAGGACGAAGACAGACGACUUCAAGAGGAACAAAGAAGGCAGUUGGAGGAAUUGAGACGCCAGAGAGAGGAGGAGCGACUACAAGCAGAACUAGCGCGGCGACGAGAGGAAGAGAGACGUCGGCGGGAAAGACAGCGUGAACUAGAGCGACGCCGACAAGCACAGAGACGAAACAGAUACGCACCGGCAAGAAUCGAAAGUCCAAUGAAUAGUUCGGACAAGGUUCGCCUGGCCCAGGUCCAUAACACACUCAGGGGGACUGGAUUGUCGGAACUGAACUGGAGCAAUCACUUGGAGCGCUGGGCGCGGUAUGUUAUCAGAUGCGAGAUUGAAUAUCCUGGACCGAUUGACACCUUCACAAAUUUUGGCAAAAUAGACAAGUCCAGCCAGACAUACAACAUAGUUUAUGACUGGGGAGCAGAAGGAAAUGACGUAUUUCAAAAAUUAACUUACGGUUGUCGUACACCUGAUGACAGAGAGCGAUGUAACCACAAUGUCAUAAUCCGAAAUCCAUUCAUAAGGAACUUUGCUUGUGCAAGUUUGGACUGUGUUGACAAGACACAGCUGACUUGUAUAUACAAAUAAUUCUCAGGAUUGAUUUAUCGGUUCAUCGAUAUCACAGAAAGGAUCCCGAUACGGUCAUUUUGAUUGAUUGUUUUGGAGAGAUAUCUGUGUGCUUCGAGAUCUGUUAUAGAGCUACAGGGAUAUGAUAUGCAUUGUAUGUGAUAUUAUUUCGAAAGAGUGAUAUUAGAAUGUAGUUUAAAUUACAUGCUACUAAGUGUUCAAUAUUUCGAGCUAAAAUCAUUAUUGUAUAGAUAUAUAUAUAUUUUUAUAUAGGAAUUUUAUUAUUUACUAUAGGAGUGUAUAUGUGUAUGAUAUACAUAUUUUACACAAUGAAUAUACUAGUACUUGCGGAAAUGUAGCAUCUAUUUUUAGCUUUUAUUUAUUGUUUAUGUAAGAUAUUUAGG